AUGCCCAUUCUCAUAACUGGUGCAUCCGGAUACCUCGGAGGCUCGCUACUUGCACAGCUACGCAACACCGCCCUCCCAGGAAAUGAGACUAUAUAUGCUCUAGUCAGGUCUCAAGAACAGGCAGAGGCAGUAAAGGAAUAUGACGUACUUCCUUUCACUCUCGAUUUGCAGGACGAGAAGAGUGUUACGAAGAACAUUGUAGAUGCGCAGAUCUUCGUCGUCUAUUUCCUUGUAGACGCUGUGAAUUGCGAUAUGCAGAUACCUCUAAUUAAAGCUCUCGGAGAGGUCAAGAGGCAGACCGGACAGGAAGUGCACUUUCUACACACCAGCGGCGCAAAGAUGUUUAGCGAGCAUGCAGGAAUGCCCACCGAUAGGAGACUUCUUGACACUGAUCCGGCAUUGUACGACCUCCAGAAAAGCUCCGAGUCUCCACACGAAUUCUUCACCAAAGCAGCGAAUACGAACAUCACCGUCAUCGAAACGGCCGAGAAAUAUGGUGUUCGCAGCUACAUUUUUGUUCCAUGUAUCGUGUAUGGCGAAGGUAAAGGCUUUGGGAACAAAAUCUCGAUCCAGACUGUUGCGGUGGUCACAGCUGCGAAGGGUUCUGGCACCGUCUAUGAUGUCAACCCGGAAGACCGGACUUGGCCAGUAUGCCAUAUUGACGAUAACACAAAGCUUUAUGUAAAGCUGCUAAAGAGUAUCCUGAGUGGCGAGAAUCCAGGGUAUGGCAAGGACGGGUACUAUCUCGCUUCGUCUGGCAGUAUGGUGUGGUACGACAUAUACGCCGCCAUGGCAAAAGCACUUGCGAAGCGUGAGGUGAUCAGUAGCCCUGAUGUUGAGAGAGCAGACGAUGCCGCGCUUGACAAGAUGGCGCAGGCCUUGGGCUGUCCUAAAGAUAUGGUCGCAGUGCAGCUGGGUGGAAAAUGCACAUUCGAAGCAAAAAGGGCCUAUAGUUUGGGCUGGAGGCCGGAUCAUGCGCCGGAGCAUAUCGUUGAAGUGGCAGAUGCCGAGGUUGAGCUUAUCUUAAACCAAAUAGGAACGACCACUGGCAAAAUUACUAAGAGAUAG